AUGACAAUAAACUAAAAAGUAGAGUCAUUUUAAUACAAUAAUAAAGUUUUAAACUUUUAAUAAUGUGCGAAUAAAUAUUUUUUAUUCACUAAUAAUGUACUGCGGCUAAUCAGUUAACAUUAAAAUGGAGGAAAAUACUGUUGCAGUUGAAAAAAUUGUGAAACAAAAAAGUUUUCCUAAGAAUAAGUUCCUAUUUUGCAUCACAAUAGUUUCUAUCGCAACUCUAGUCGGCUACGUUCACUACCGCUACGUUUCCCAUCUCUUUGAGAAUGACAGGAACUUUGCAUACCUCUCUGAGCUGGAGAGGGAGAUGUCAUUCCGUACCGAAAUGGGUUUCUAUUACUCUUAUUACAAAACACUGGUUCAUGAGAAGCCAUUUGUAGCUGGGAUAUCUAAAUUGAUGUUCGACAAGAGUGUGGAGCAUCCAAAAGAAGUCAACGCAUUCAAUCGAUUUAAUAUACAUCCUGAGGUAUUGAUUGCAGCAUUGUACCGAUACUUUGAGGUUUGGCUCAACACAACCGAGCACAGACAAUGCCACAUUAUAGACAGAGGGCACGAUUUGAGUCCGGUCGAGAGCUGCGUCGGCCUGGGUCAGCCGAUCUACUUUUAUCUUGAGGCCAUCUGGUUGUUAGCCGGUUUGAAUGUGACCGCAUUGUUUUUACAUGCUACAGCUUUGAGUAACAGCAUAUUGGGAGGGAUCUUCACUGUGAUGCAAUAUUUUGCGAAUCACAGCGAAUGCACUAGAGUAAUGUGGGCCCCGAAUGAGAGGGAGAACAUGGCCGGUCCCCUCCUGAUCCUGCAAUGCUGGCUGGUCAGCAUGCAGCUAAGGGAUAGAGAGAGAAAAUCCACGUUUCCACUCCAGAUCUCGAUAUUUCUAUUGAACUGUCUCUGCUUACUAUGCUGGCAGUUCACCCAGUUCAUAUUCCUGACUCAGACCGCCAUAUUCUUCGUAAUGGAACAGAUAAGGGUGAUCGACACGAAGACAUUGUGUGUUCUCCUGCAUUCACACUUCUGCGGGCUCCACACCGCUAUACUCUUACUUCAGGGCAACGACAUGCUAAAAUCGUCCUUAUACGCAUCGUUCUUCGCGGUCGUUUCGGUUUACGCUCUACUCUUCAGCUCGUUCAGGCUUAAGGUCGAGAAUCGCUUGGACGUGUUCGUCGAGGCGUGGCUAGUGCUGUUGAGGUUAUCGAUAGUGGCGUGCCUCUCGGUGUACUUGAAGAGCGCGAUCGGGGAUUUCUUCGAGAUGAAAGAUGACGGUCACGUAUGGGAGCUUCUCGCCUCAAAGCUCACCGAUUACAAGAGCUUUCACACUAUGAUCUAUACUUGUUCCGAGGUUUUCGAUUUUUUGCCCCUCGGCAGUUUCGUUCGUUCGGUAGGGGGCGCUUUGCUGCCGAGCGCCCUGACCGCGAUCGCUUUGGCCACUAAUUACACGAUAAAAGAAACUCGAUCGAAAAUCGAACGGAAAAUCGAUAAGGAAAUCGAUGUUAAUUCGGACGACGGCAGCGAUAGUGGUAUCGAUAGUUCGGACGUUAAGACAAAGAAGUCGGGCGUUACGAUAAAAGAAGAAGAAAGGGAUAGCGAUAUCGAUGAGAUCAGAGACGGGUUGGUCCGUUACGUGAAGGGCUUGUCGAUAGAUCCCGCGGUAUGUUACAAUCUGAUGCAGUUGGUCGCUUACGGCCUCAUGGCUGGUCUGGUUAUGAGGCUGAAGCUGCUAUUUGUGCCUCAACUAUGCAUAAUCUCAUCGCUGCUGUUCAACACCGAGUACCACAGAUACACAAAACCAUAUUAUUUGAAAUACGUAAUAAUCAUAUGCAAUAUAUGGUCUUUGGUGAAUACUAUGUAUUUGAAUGUGACGAAGGAAUUGUCGCACAUAGGUGAAUUCAGUGAUCCGCCCUUAGAGGAGUUGCUGAAUUGGAUAAUGAGGGAGACGGCGCCGAGCGCGGCGUUCGCGGGCUCGAUGCCGCUGCUAGCGACAGUGCUGCUGUCCACACGCCGACCCGUGGUCGCGCACCCGCACUACGAACACUACGAGGCCAGAGAACGCGCGUAUUCUGUCUAUAAAAUGUACGGGCGUUUCUCGGCCGAGGAGAUCUAUGAGGAGCUGAAUAAAUUGAAAGCGACAUAUGUCGUUGUGGAAACAAAAUACUGCUACGGAAGGAGCAAAAAGGGUUGUUCGUUUCAAGACAUAUGGGACGUCGAGGUCCCGGCCAGGAAGCGUGACCCGUCCAGCUGCCUCACACUCCUGCUGUCUCCAGCGGAGCACCUGUACCCUGUCUUCAGGAAUCAGCAUUACGCUGUGUUCAACGUCCACGACUAUAGCGUGAGGUACAUGCCUAGGAGCUUCGUUUCUUGACACACACAAUGACGUCAGUGGAUCUCCAAACAACGUUU